CGCUCGCCGCCUGGGUCGCCAGCCCUCUUCCCACCUCACGGUUGGCAAUGACAGACGCCGUCGGCAAGGUCGAGGCGCUGGCCGCCGAGCGCGACAGGCGGCGGAGCAAGCCGUGGCCGGUGUUCACCAUGGCAGAGGUGGCGCGCCACUGCUACAGCGACGAUGCGUGGAUCGUGGUGUCGGACAAGGUGUACGACAUGACGGCGCACGUCCAACACCACGAGGGCUGGGUCGGUAGCGGGAAGGUCAGCACGCUGCUCGCGCUCCUCUCGGCGAUGGGGACGGACUGCAGUCUCGAUUUCAACUCGACGCACGACGCGAGGGGCUUUCGAGAGCUCCACGCCUACCAGGUUGGCAUACUCGACCGGCCGCACAAGCCGACUCCGGUGCGCUACUUCACUUGGGAGCAACUCUCCGCCUCGGGAAGGAUACGCAAUCGACCUCGCGCCGCCGCCGCGCCGCCGCGGCUUGCUGACCGCGCCGGGCCGCCGCCGGCGGAACGCGCCGCCGCGCCGCAACCGCCGGAGAGCGCCGCCGCGCCGCAGCCGGCAGAGAGAGCCACUGCCGCGCUGUGUGGCUUCUGUGAGUGCUCUCCGUGCGCAGACGGGUGCCCCGGGCUGGAGCGGAGUGACUGCCAGGGCGCCCUCUAGGGAGGUAUAGAGAGGGACCUGAAGUGCUGAAGAUCAAGAACAGUCGCGGGCAAUACUCUGGUCGCACAUGUCGAGCGGCUGUCGCGAGGUGUGUCGAGGGUGUCGAGGUGUCGAGCGGGUGUCGAGUGUUGUCAAGAGGCGUCUCUGAGGUGUCGAGGUGUCCAAGGUGGCAGGAUGCAGCUGCAGCCCAUCAACAAAACUUGGGCAGCAGUUGCAAA